CCAAAGAGAAUCUCUUCCAGCUCCCGCUGGCAGGCUGAGGCCCUCCGGAGCCCAGAGAGCCAGAGCAGGAGCCGGUAGGGUUAUCUGUGUGAGGAUCAUUUCCAGGGGAAGAGUUCUGGCCCCUGACAGGUAACGGCUGGGCAGAGGAGAAGAGAGCAGAGAAGAGAGCGCUGCACAACUCCUAGGCUGGCCCCGGCUCCUUGGGAGCUGACCAAGUUGGAGGAAGGCUCUGUACUUUCAGCGCUCCCCACAGGAUAUCCCCUCUCACCUUGGCAGCCAGGCUGAGAAAGGGCUCCAGGGUCCCCGCGGAAUGACAACUUGUGUUCCUGCAACCCUCUCUAUCCUUCUCCUCUGGACCCUGCCAGGGCAGGUCCUCCUCAGGGUGGCCUUGGCAAAAGAGGAAGUCAAAUCUGGGACCAAGGGGUCCCAGCUCAUGUCUCCCUCUGAUUUCUUGGACAAGCUUAUGGGGCGGACAUCUGGAUAUGAUGCCAGGAUUCGGCCCAAUUUUAAAGGCCCGCCCGUGAACGUGACCUGCAACAUCUUCAUCAACAGUUUCGGCUCUGUCACUGAGACUACCAUGGACUACCGGGUGAAUGUCUUCUUGCGGCAGCAGUGGAAUGACCCGCGCCUGGCCUACCGAGAAUACCCUGAUGACUCAUUGGACCUCGAUCCUUCCAUGCUGGACUCUAUCUGGAAACCAGACCUGUUCUUUGCCAAUGAGAAAGGGGCCAACUUCCAUGAGGUGACCACGGACAACAAGUUACUGCGCAUCUUCAAGAAUGGGAAUGUGCUGUACAGCAUCAGGCUGACCCUCAUUUUGUCCUGCCCGAUGGACCUCAAGAACUUCCCCAUGGACAUCCAGACCUGCACGAUGCAGCUGGAGAGCUUUGGCUACACCAUGAAUGACCUCAUGUUUGAGUGGCUGGAAGAUGCUCCUGCUGUCCAGGUGGCCGAGGGGUUGACUCUGCCCCAGUUUAUCUUGCGAGAUGAGAAGGAUCUAGGCUAUUGUACCAAGCACUACAACACAGGGAAAUUCACCUGCAUUGAGGUCAAGUUUCACCUGGAACGGCAGAUGGGCUACUAUCUGAUUCAGAUGUACAUCCCCAGCCUACUCAUCGUCAUCUUGUCCUGGGUCUCCUUCUGGAUCAACAUGGAUGCUGCCCCUGCCCGUGUGGGCCUAGGCAUCACCACCGUACUCACCAUGACCACUCAGAGCUCUGGCUCCCGGGCCUCUUUGCCUAAGGUGUCUUACGUGAAGGCAAUUGACAUCUGGAUGGCUGUGUGCCUGCUCUUCGUGUUCGCCGCCCUGCUCGAAUAUGCCGCUGUCAAUUUUGUCUCACGUCAGCAUAAGGAAUUCAUAAGACUUCGAAGACGGCAGAGGCGCCAACACAUGGAAGAAGAUAUCAUCCGAGAAAGUCACUUCUAUUUCCGUGGCUAUGGCCUGGGACACUGCCUACAGGGAAGGGAUGGAGGUCCAAUGGAAAGUUCUGGCAUUUAUAGCCCCCACCCUCCAGCCCCUCUUCUAAGGGAGGGAGAAACCAUGCGGAAACUCUACGUGGACCGAGCCAAGAGGAUUGACACCAUCUCCCGGGCUGUCUUCCCUUUCACUUUCCUCAUCUUCAACAUCUUCUACUGGGUAGUCUAUAAAGUACUACGAUCAGAAGAUCUCCACCAGGCACUGUGAAUAGGGUGGGGGCUGGAGAGUGCAGCUGUUGGCUUCCUGCUUCCUCCUGGAUGGACUUUCCCCUUCUGGUAGAUUCCAUCAAGAGCUUGGACAGUUCCUUCCUGAUCUCCCACUCAGAACUUCAUCAGCGAAUCCCAAAACUAUGUGGGUCUACAGUGCAUAAUGCCAAUGGUGGCUGUUCUUACAAAGAUGGUUUGACUACCCGAAUCCAGAUUUUCUCCAUGCUAUCCCAUUUCUCAUGAGAGUAAAGUUUGGCCAUGUUCCUGAGGCCAGGAUGACCUUCUUCCCUAGCUGGAGCCUCUCUGUUUUCAAUUUCUCCAGUGGAGAAUAUUCAGACCACUGCUACUAGAUUCUGGCAUUUGUCAUCUUAAUCUGCACCACUCUUUGCCCUGCUACCUACCACCCUGAGCCUGGCCUUUACUGUGCCCUCUGUCCCUCCUACCACAGGCCCAAAUAGGGAGUCUUUCCCAUCCACAGGCAUUGCCCUGUGUGACCCAGUCAGGUUUCCUUGACUGUGGGAGGAAGGCAAGGUGACAUAUUCCCCACCUCUCAGCAAGGUUGGAACAGUCAUGGGCUGCACUGGGGUAGGGCGUUGUUAUAUGACCAAACAGAGAGGUCUUCAAGUCUCCUAAGAUGCUCAACACUGUCAGAAUGGGGUCAGGAAUUUUGGACUCUCAGACCACCCUUCCAGAUCCACCUGAACUUCCUUGUCUCGGAAAUAUUUGUUUUAUUCCCUAACUACCAUGGUAACGGGGCAUGUUUGGCUGCUGGGGAGUGUAAAAAAAAAAAAUGCUUACUCUUUAAGAAACUUACUCAACGAUGCUAGAAAACUUUCAAGAAAAGUGAAAUCCAAGGUAGUAGAACCAGGAAGAGUAGAGUACAGAAACUAUCUUCACAGAGUCUUUUGUUGGCUGGGGUUUCAUUUGUUUCUUAUUUUUCUCCAAAGUUUUUUUCCCAGGACCCCUUAUUUCCAACUUGCUCCUUCACCUUUUAGUGAGCAAAUAAUAGUGCCAUCCAACUUUGUCCAGGAUAAAGUGGGCUUCAAGGUUCCUGGGAGGAACUAAGCAUAUAGAGGACCCCUAUCCUGGACAAACAUUGACUCGGCCAGGGUAGUAGUUGUAGAAGUUACAGAGCCAUAAGUUGGAAUUAUUUCUUAACCCUUCUCUAGCUUCCCUUCUCCUUCCACAGUGAGGAGGGGUAGCAGUCAGUUGAAGCUACCAGAAAUGUCAGAAUAGAAAAGGUGUGGAAGAGUCCAUUUCAGGCCUGACAUACCACUGGGAUAUGGGGAAGCAUGGGCCUAGUACACUGAGUCCUUUGAAAUGAAACCCAACUGUGAGGAACUGAAAAGGGGAAGAUUAAAGUGCAGAGCUAACAGCUGGAAGACAGAGGUGAUCAAAUGAUCUCUUGAACAUCUUGACCU